UCCCGCCCUCUUCCAAUAUGGUGUCACCCCGCCCCAGUCUGCACAGUGUAGUCAUGAUGGCGGCUGCGGCCUCUGCCUCCCGCGGGCUCCGGAGCCUCCUGCUGCGGCGACUGGCGGCCAGCCACAUGCCACACCUCAGCUAUCGGCCUGUGAGCUCCUCUGAGGAGCUCUCAGCGUCCCAGGCAAAGGAACACAACUAUGAGUCCCUCAAAGUGACCGAAGCUGGAGACCACAUCCUGCAUGUGCAGCUAAACAGGCCGGAAAAGAGGAAUGCGAUGAACAGGGCAUUCUGGAGGGAGAUGGUGGAAUGUUUCAGCAAGAUUGCUCAGGACCCCCACUGCAGGGUUGUGGUGCUCUCAGGGGCUGGAAAGAUGUUCACGUCAGGCCUUGACCUCAUGGAUAUGGGUGGGGAGUUGUUCCAGCCACAAGGGGAGGACACAGCCCGCAUCAGCUGGAAUUUACGCCACUUGAUCACCAGAUACCAGGAAUCCUUCACUGUCCUUGAGAAGUGUCCCAAGCCGGUCAUCGCUGCUAUCCACGGUGGUUGCAUUGGGGGAGGAAUGGAUCUCAUCUCCGCCUGUGAUAUCAGAUACUGUGCCCAGGAUGCCUGGUUCCAGGUGAAGGAGGUGGACAUUGGUCUGGCUGCGGAUGUGGGGACGCUGCAGCGUCUGCCCCGGAUCAUAGGGAGCCAGAGCCUGGUGAACGAGUUGGCCUUCACUGCCCGAAAGAUGAUGGCCAGUGAAGCUCUGAGCAGUGGGCUGGUCAGCCGAGUGUUUCAGGACCACGCGUCCCUCCUGGCCGCAGCCUUUGCUCUGGCCACUGAAAUCUCCAGCAAGAGCCCCGUCGCCAUACAGGGCACCAAAGUCAACCUGCUCUACUCCCGGGACCACUCCGUGGCUGAAGGUCUCAACUUCAUGACUAGUUGGAACAUGAGUAUGCUGCAGACCAAAGACGUAAGCAAGUCGAUCCAGGCCGCCUUGGAGAAAAAGGACCUGAAGAGUGUGGCCUUCUCCAAGCUCUGAGUGCUCUUUGCCCCGUCCCCCCCGCCCCCUCCCCAUCCCGGAGAUUGUCCUACGCCCCCCUCACCCUGCUGCAAAGGGCUUUGCAGCUCACAGUAGCCUUUCUUAGAAACUGUCCUCUGACCCCCAGGGGGGCAGACCCCUCUCAUGGAGGGGGCCACUCACCCACGGUCACCCAGGGCAGCAGUUUUGGGGAGGACGUGGAGAGUGGAGCUGCAUCCCUCUGCCUCCACGCCACACGGGACCCACUGCCCUUCAGAAGGGCAUGCGUGUGUGGUGAGGUUGGGGGGGGACGACCUAUCUCUGCAAUAAAAACAUUCUGUGAA